GUAGAUCGAUUUCUUCACAUGUAAAGAAAAAAAAAAAAAAAGAUUUUAUUUGGAUUUGGAAUUAAAAAAAGAAGCAAUAGUUUUUGGGGGACAAGCCCGGCCGAAGAAUCGGCGGCGAGACGUUCUUUGUCACCGAUUGUGAUAUACAAAAACGACGAAGCUAAACAAAGUAACGGAGCGAAGAGGCGAAAACAGAAGCGUAGAGAUGGGAAACCAGAAGCUUAAAUGGACGGCGGAGGAAGAGGAGGCUUUACUCGCCGGAGUUGGGAAGCAUGGCCCCGGAAAGUGGAAGAAUAUUCUCCGCGAUCCUGAAUUCGCUGAGCAGCUCUCUAGUCGCUCUAACAUCGACCUCAAGGAUAAGUGGCGUAAUUUAAGUGUUGCCCCUGGUAUUCAAGGCUCUAAGGAUAAGAUACGGACACCAAAAAUCAAAGCUGCUGCUUUUCAUCUGGCUUCCGCUGCGGCUGCCGCUAUCUUGACUCCUCCUCAUAGUGCCCACUCUUCUCCAGUUGCUGUUCUUCCCCGUAGUGGAUCUUCUGAUUUGAGCAUUGAUGAUAGUUUUAACAUUGUAGUUGAUCCAAAGAAUGCUCCCAGGUAUGAUGGAAUGAUAUUUGAAGCUCUUUCAGCCUUGACGGAUGCUAAUGGAUCUGAUGUCAGUGCAAUUUUCAACUUCAUCGAGCAGCAACGACAUGAAGUGCCACCAAAUUUCAGAAGGAUCCUUAGUUCAAGAUUGAGGAGGCUUGCUGCUCAGGGAAAACUUGAAAAGGUUAGCCACUUAAAAUCAACACAGAACUUCUAUACGAUGAAUGAUAAUAGCUUGGUAACAAGAACAACACAUGUAGCGAGACCAAAAGAGAGCAACACGAAAGCCCGGCAGCAGACAAACAGUCAAGGACCCUCUAUUUCACAGCAGAUGGUUGCUGAAGCUUCAAUAACAGCAGCUUAUAAGCUCGUGGAAGUGGAGAACAAAUUAGAUGUGUCGAAAGGAGCUUCAGAAGAGAUAUACAGAUUGAUAAAACUGGCAGAAGUUGCUGAUGAUAUGCUAGUGAUAGCGAGAGAGAUGCACGAAGAAUGUAGUCAGGGAAAGAUUAUGUACUUAAAUUGAGGAGGUUAAUGGAACAAAAGAAGCAGCACAGAAUCUUUGGAGUUUCAUCAUCAACAUCAGACACUCUUCGUUUUUGGUAUAUAGUACUAAUAGCUAUUAGCUUGCAUUCUCUUGUUCCUUUGUUUUUAAUGAUACAUUACCAACUGUUUGGACAAAAAAUAACACUAACUUUCUUUCAUUUAUCAUAAAAAAUAGAUAGUUGAGUAAUUUAGUCAAAACAUAAAA